AUGGAUCUUGAUUUGCAGACGUGUCCCCGUUUGUUACAAACCAUCACUUCCCAUCUCUUGAACAAACAAGGGAAAUCGUUACACCUCUUGUUUCUUAAAAGAGGUGUCUUCCCUUCCUCAAUUACUUUGGCUAACCGUCUCCUUCAGAUGUACGUUCGGUGUGACUAUUUGGAUGAUGCUCGGAAAGUGUUCGAUGAAAUGCCACAAAGAAAUUGCUUCACCUGGAACUCCAUGAUCGAAGGCUAUGUCAAAUCACGAAAUAACCAAGAGUCUUUACAUUUGUUUUAUGCAAUGCCCCACAAAAAUACUUUCUCUUGGAACAUGGUUAUUUCGGGGUCUGUUAAGGCAGGUAAUUUGAAUCUCGCAAGAAAGUUGUUCGAUGAAAUGCCAGUGAAAAAUGAGGUAGCUUUGAAUUCAAUGAUUCAUGGGUAUGCUAAAAACGGGCAAUCUGCUGAAGCAAUUAGUCUGUUUAGAGAUUUGAAAUCAAGUUGUGAUGUGGAUAUAUAUGUUUUGGCUACAGUUAUUGGUGCUUGUACUGAUUUAUUGGCUCUUAGAUUGGGAAAGAUAAUCCAUGGCUUUAUAGUUGUUAAUGGAGUGGAGAUCGAUCCAGUUUUAGGAAGUUCAAUUGUGAACAUGUAUGGAAAAUGUGGUGAUCUUGAUACUGCAAGCUUAAUGCUGCACAAUCUACCAUACCCUGAUGAUUUUUCUCUCUCAUCUUUAAUCUCUGCUUACUCCAAUACCAAUAAACUUACCGAAGCCAAAAGAAUAUUUUCUAUGAAGAAAGACAAACCCCCUUGUGUUACUUUAUGGAACUCUUUGAUUUCAGGAUACAUUUCCAAUAACUUGGCAACAGAAGCACGUGUACUCUUUGGUGAAAUGAGGAGAAAUGGAACAAAAGAAGACGCCUCCACUAUCGCUAGUGUUUUAAGUGCCUCAUGUGAUAUUAUGUAUGCAACACAAGUUCAUGCUCAUGUUUGUAAAUUUGGAGUAAUUCAUGAUCUUAUAGUCGCAUCUGUUCUUGUUGACACUUACGCAAAAUGUGGAAGGUCUAAUAGUGCUUGUAACUUAUUUAAUGAGAUAAAUAUAAAUGCAUACGACACAGUGUUGUUGAAUUCGAUGAUUUCUAUUUAUUGUUCUUGUGGAAGAAUCGAAGAUGCUAAACGAGUUUUUCAUAGUAUAAAGUCUAAAACUUUGAUAUCUUGGAACUCAAUGAUAUCGGGGUUAACUCAAAAUGGUUACCCAAUUGAAGCACUUAAAUAUUUUCGGGAAUUAAAUACAAAAGGUUUUAGAAUUGACAAAUUUAGCCUUGCGAGUGUGAUUAGCACAUGUGGGACCAUUUCAUUUCUUGAACUUGGCCAACAAUUAUUUUCGCUAGCUAUCGUUAUUGGACUUGAUAAUGAUAAAAUCGUGUCUACUUCACUUGUGGAUUUUUAUUGCAAAUGUGGAGAUGUUGAUAAUGGUAGAAAACUAUUCGACGAAAUGGUGGAAAAAGAAUCAUGUGAUGAAGCUUCAUGGAAUUCAAUGUUGAUGGGUUAUGCUACAAAUGGUUAUGGAAUUGAAGCAUUGGAUUUGUUUAAUGAUAUGAGAAAAGCAACGGGGAUUUUGCCUACAGAUAUUACAUUCACUGCAGUCUUAUCCGCAUGUGAUCAUUGUGGAUUAUAUGAGGAGGGUUUGAAAUGGUUUUAUGCAAUGAAAAACGAGUAUUGUAUUGAUCCGGGAGUUGAACAUUAUUCAUGCAUGAUAGAUCUUUUAGCACGUGUUGGGCGUCUUGAGGAAGCCAUGAAUUUGGUAGUGUCAAUGCCUGAAUUUGAGGAUGAUGUAAGCAUGUGGUCAGCGAUAUUAAGAGGAUGUGUAGCUCAUGGAAAUAGAAUUCUAGGGAAGAAAAUUGCAGAGAAAAUGAUUGAGAUGGAUCCGAAGAAUCCAGAUGCAUAUGUACAGCUUGCAAGCAUUUUUGCCGGUUGUGGGGAAUGGGUCGGAUCCGCACAACUUAGAAACUUAAUGACAGCUCAGAGAAUACAGAAACUACCCGGUACAAGUUGGGUAUAG